AUGCACACCCAGGACAAGAGCGGCUUCGGGGUGGCCCACGACUUCCACGGCUCCCUCAAAGAAGAUGCGGACUUCCCCAUUCUCUGCGAGACUUGCUUGGGAGAAAACCCUUAUGUCCGCAUGCAAAGAGACAGAAACGGCAAAGAGUGCCACAUCUGCACUCGCGCCUACACCGGAUUCAGGUGGAAGCCAGGGCCGAAGGCGCGCUAUAAAGGAACUGUCAUUUGCCAGCAGUGCGCGAAGCUGAAGAACGUCUGCCAAACCUGCCUCUUCGACCUCGAGUGCGGGACAAGCUGCUGGGUUCGAGUCGAGUGA